AUGCCCAAAUCCAAGCCAGUGCGCUCAUUCGAUUUGGCUGCCGAUUCUCUGUUGGCCUAUUCAUCAUCCGCAAUGGCGACAUGGCUAAACGACAGAGGACUACAGUUCUCAGCCUGUAAAAUCCUACUCGAUCACGAAGUUGACGGUCUCGCCUUUUUCAUGUUCAAUGAGAAUGACCUGAAAGAGCUGGAAUUCACCAAAGUUGGUCUUCGCAAGCGACUCCUCUGUUUGGCCUCUUUGUGGAGGCAAGCUGUGUUCAAUAACUCGGAAAAAUCCAUCCCGUCCCUGGAAUUUGCUUCUUCCAUUGAGUCGCCACUCAGUAAACUUCGUUGUCAUGAUGAGGUUUCAAUUACUCCUUCAUGCUCCUCACUACUUGUUUCCGCUAACAAGGCGAAGGGACAACCAGAAAAGGCCUCCCUCCAUACGCUCUUCAAAUGCAGACCUACCAAUGAAGCCAAAGUCGAGUCCUACACAAAACAUUGGAAAGUUUUAGCCAGUGGACUAUAUGCUUUCCUUGUGUUCGGGCUCUCCUCUUUUGCUAUGGUGCUAGCCCACGAACGCCUUCCAGAUAUUUCUAAGUAUCCUCCUCUGCCUGACAUACUCCUAGACAAUCUUCCACAUAUACCCUGGGCGUUCAAGGCGGCUGAAGUUGUUUGUAUUCUCCUUCUUAGCACCUGGGUCGUUAUACUCGUGUUUCAC